UAAAUUAUCAGGAAAAUUUAAUUUGAACUAAUGAACUAAUCCUUUAAUCACUGCCAAAUUUGUAAGGCUGCAAAUAUAUUCUAUUCUGUUAAGAACAACAUUUUGCAUACUUCUCCUUAAAAGUGAAAUGAUUUCUGUAAAUCUAGUUGUCAAAUGCUGUUUGACCUCUGAACAUAUAAGCAAUAGACUGUUUUAGAAAAAUAAUUUAAAGAGAAAAAAGAAUAAUUAGGGAGAAUCAAUAAUGAAUAAUUUACUGCUUCAUUUUUGAAAUCUGAAUAUACAUGAUUCAGACUGCAGUCAGUUUCUGCUCAACACUGGGUACAAUAUUGUCUCCCUUUACUUGAUUUAUUCUAUUAUUAUUAUUAGGUCAUUCAGUAAAUUAGUCAAUAAAGAAACAUGUUGAUGUACUGUAUUUUGUUAUUACUAGAAUAUAUAUAAUCCCAGGAUAAAAAUCCAUAUUUUCUGCUCAUCCAUUUGAUAUGAAUCAGAUUUCAGUUUUGUUUUAAUACAGUGGCAGAACAUUCAAGAGUCCAGAGACGACGACAGACUGAGACGAGCCAACAAAGAUCAAAUGCAUUGCUUCUCUGUCAUGAAAUCAUGUACAUGUUUGGAGCAGUUGGUCUUGUUUUGUUGAACUCUGUUACACUGACAGCAGAACUGAUCCUGAAAGCACGAAACGGUGAGCGUGUUUUGAAGGAUCUGAGAGUCAUUGUCUUCCCCUCCGAAUGUGUUUUUGCCUUGUAUUGGCUGGGUUUACAAAUGCAUGCUUAUUGGAAGAUUGUUACAACUAAAUCUACAACCAAUCAAAGGAACAAACAUCAAAGACACAGGCGCCAACUCAGGAAAACAGCAGAGACUCAUGAAAUGGAGAAUCUGUCUGCGCCUGCUGUUUCUCAGACACAGUAAUGACACACAGACUCUUCGAUACAGCUCUUAUGUAAAUGUGUUCUAAAAAUGUGAAUUCAUUCAUCUUUGAGUAUUUAUUAGUUAAAUAUGAGGGAGCUGAACAUGUUUUACAAAUGUAUGUGUCUGUUGCAUCAGUGAGUGAUCAGGCAUCAUGUUUUAUGAUCAGACUGUUUUUACAUUCGAUCACUCAAGAUUCCUUUUUUGCCAACUGAAAAUGAAUCUGCUUAUGUUCAUGUUCGUGUUUUUAUUCUGGUAAUGUCUCAGGGUAUGAAGUCAACAUAUUAUUUUCUGUUUCGCUAAUAGCAGUGAAGCUGCAGAAUUGGCUGUGCCAAAUUUACAUCUACAGUAUGCAAAUAUGUUUAAUGUUAAAAGAAAAGUUUGUAAAGUGUCUGAAUUGUUAGUUCAUGUGUGUGAGUGCAUUUCAGUAAUAAUAUUUGUUGAGAGAAUGCUAUAAAUGACUUUAAGAUCAUCAGAUAUGAAAAAAAUCUUUCUGCGUGACAAGUGUUCAGUUCUUCUUAGUUCUUCUGGUCAAUUUCAUAAGAACCACCAGUUUUUCAUUAGACUAUUACUAUUAUUUUGCUGGUUGCUGAUCAUUUAUAAGAUUGUCUUUUAGUUUCAUCACAUUGAUCUGUUUCCAUCUAAUAAUAAUAUACAGUCAUGACAUAAUGUUUAGUUAUGAGCACCAAUGGAAAAACACUUGAUGAACCACCAUCACCCCUUCUCUCCACAGUGAAACCGGUUCAAAUAAAAGUUGUUUUUUAAAGUCUG